AUGUCAUACCAGUGUCCUUCGUGCAGCAAAGACAGCUUCAAAGACCAUGGUGCUGUUGCUCGACACAUGAGCCAGCCCCGCUCUGGCUGUAACACUUGGUUACAGGAUCUCAUACGCUUGCGUUCAGCGUCUAUUCGUACCGCCAACUCCAUGGAUAUCGACCACACACCAAAUAUUCCUAAUAUUGAUAUGGAGCUUCAAGUCGACAGGCCUGGAUUCAGAGACUGGGAUGAGGGAACACCGACUCACUCAGACUUCAUUGACUGGCAUCCCAAACCCUCUCUAACAUAUGGCAGGGGGUACACUUUCCUCGACCUGUUUCAUUCUGACGCGAACAGUGUGUAUCGGACAGCAAACCACUAUUACCCGUUUAGUGGCCGGAAAGACUGGGAGGUCGCAUCAUGGCUACUACAUUCAGGGUUGAGCAUGGCAAAGAUCGACACUUUUCUUUCACUCAAGAUGAUUAAAAGUCUUCCCUUGUCUUUUUGUUCAGCCAAGGAACUACGUGGUCGAGCGGAAAUGCUGCCUAGUGGUCCACCCUGGUUGUCCCAAGUAAUCCCUACUGCACAUCCGACAAAACUACCUGUCAUCCUGUAUUGGCGUGAUCCCCUGAACUGUAUCGCGGGCAUUUUAAAUCACCCUUUCUUUCAUGAUCGGAUAGAUUUUAUGCCUCGCAGGGUGUAUGCUACUGCGCAGCGACUGUGCCACGUGUACUCUGAAUGGAUGACUGCUGACAACGCAUGGAACAUGCAGUCAGCCCUGCCAAGAGGUGCAAUGCUCCUUGGGACAAUCUUGUCAUCUGACAAGACCAAUAUCUCCAUGAUGACAGGUGACAGAGUCGCACAUCCCCUCCUCAUCAGCCUCGCCAACAUACACAUGUCCACACAACUUAAAUCAUCAUCUAACGCCUUUGUUCUUACCACCCUCCUCCCUGUGCCGAAAUUUAUUUAUAAAAAAAAACAUAUGCGAGGCAUACUCGAGGAUCGCCUAAUCCAUGAAUGCUUGAACAUUGUGCUAUGUCCCCUCAUGCAGGCUGCUUGCGAAGGAGUCAUGUUAUCCGAUCCUCUGCAUGUCAUUUGGACAAGGGCUGAUCCUGACGAUAUUGAAACAUUCUUUCAUGAAGCUCAGAAGUUUCACCUAAAUGGCAUAUCUCAACCAUUCUUUGAGAAUUGGGUCCUUUCUGAACCAUCCCAUUUUUUCACUCCUGAGACUCUUCACCACAUUCACCGGGAGUUCUAUGACCAUGAUGUGAAGUGGCUCAUUUGUGCAGUCGGGGACACUGAGCUCGAUUUUCGCUUUUCUGUGUUACAGCCCAUCACGGGGUUUCGUCAUUUUCACAGCGGCAUUUCGAAGCUCAAACAGGUUACAGGGCAUGCUCAGUGUGACAUCCAGCGCUCGAUCAUUGUGGUUAGUGCAGAUGCAGUACCUACUCUGAUGGACUUUCACUAUCUCGUGCAGUCACUUCAGAUUGAUGACCGCGAUCUCGAGCACAUUUCUGCGGCACUGGACGAAUUUCACGCCAACAAAGAUGCUAUCAUAGCCGGCGGAUUUCAUCGCGGUCAGUGUGGUGGAGUCAUCGAUAACUGUGGAGUUAUCAUGCAAUGGACCGCUGACACUACAGAACACACACACAUCACCAAAAUCAAGGAUCCCGCACGCUCAAGCAACAACAAUGAUUACGAUUCACAAAUCUGUCGUCAUCUAGACCACACUGAUAAAUGCUGUCGCUUCAAACUCGCCACGAGUCACGGUGAUGCUGUUGAUGAUGAUGUUGAUUUCAAUGUCGACGAUGAUCAUGACAUCCCAGCAGAGCUUCUUGUGACCAUCAAGUGUCCCAGCCAUUCACGCCCCAUUAUCAAUUACUUUGCAAUUGCGAAGCUCCUCCAGGCCAGGGAGGUGGGGACGGUCCCUGUGCCAUUGCACUCGUUCUCUGUUGGAUGCACAUCAUUUCAUCUUACUUAUGAACCAUCCAUCAGAACCAUUUCUGUUGACGCUGCCGCUCUCAAGUUUGGCCUUCCUGAUCUUUGUGAAGCUGCUCAUGGGCAGGAUUUUGUUCAUAUCAUUGGGGGGGCUAGGAGAGCUGGACCCGCCGCUUCACUUCCAUUCGAAAAGCUUCAAGUCUGGUUUAAGCUUCGAUUGCAGGAUACUGAUUUUCACGACAUUAGUAUCAUACGGCCUGCCCAAACCUUGAAUUGUUCACCACCCUCUGGUGUCUGGACCUGCAGCCGGUAUGAUCCAGUCAUUGUUAACAAUGAUGCGAGAUGCUCAUGGCCUACCGAUGGGCUUCAUGGUACGUUCUCCUCUCCUGCCAUACUAAUUAUUCUCAUUAUAAACUCUCAGGGCACACCGUCGGACCGCUUCCUCGCCUACAUGUAUCGCUUUGACAUCGUUUCGCAAGGUGGAAGUGAUCGUGAGCCGAGUACGCAACUGCAUGUGGGUGAUAUCAUACCAGUUUCGCAGUUUAGGGCACCUGUCAACCUUGUCCCUCGCUUUGGUGCAAGUGCAGACAAUCGUCUCACCCCAUAUAACAGUAUAGAACAUGCUUCAGAGUUUUGGCUAAAUAAAUACUGGGACAAAAAUACAUUCUUCCCUCUUUCUAUGUAG